AUGAAUAAUUAUUAUAAAGACGAACGUUAUCAACAUGGAUCAUUACCGUAUUUGAAUUUAGCAAUGUACGCAUUUUUACUAUAUUAUUCUAAAAAUGAAGCUUAUUCCAAUUAUAUUUUCAUUAUUAGCAAUACGAAAAUGAAUAAUAAUAUAAAUGAUUCGAAUCCUCAAUCGGAAAGAAUUUCCAAAAGACAGAAGGUUGCGAAAGAGGAAGAAGCGAGAAAGUAUCCGGGCAUUUAUAUAAAAAUUAGAGUUGAUAUAAAAUUAUCAAAUGCGAAUAUGUUUAUGUUACCUGCAAUUUUAAUAAUUUUAGUAAUCAUCAUUUUAAAAUUUCUAUAA